ACCACACGGGUUUCUUUCACAAUGAACUCUUUUCUUCAGUUAAAAGGGCAGGAAACCAAAAGCUCUUGUACCAAAGCCAACAAAGAGUGAGAGAGAGAAAGAAAGAAAGAGAGAGGUGGGUCAUGCAUCUUCUGGUGUAACAACAACAUGAAUCUUAUAGCUUUGAACCUACCCCAUUUCGUUUGAUAUAUAUAUAUAUAUAUAUAUAAGAAGUUACCAUCUUUUUCACUAAUUAAUAUCUUCAUCACCGUCGUCAUCAAUAUGGCUGCUCACGGUAACUUUUGUUCUGGUAAUAUGGGCUGGUCAUCACCUGUUUGUGCUGUGCAAGAUUGGUCAGUGAACCCUCUUCCUCUUGGGGUUGAAGAUGAUCAGGGCUUCUGUUUUGGCCUUCAAAACGUUCAACAACAACAACAACAACUACUACUACCUCAGUUUCAACCUCUUCUAGAACCCCAAAACUACAGUGCAGGCUUUUUUGAUAGUAAUAGUAGCCAUGGGGUAUAUGCCUCAUCAUCAUCAUCAUCAUCGUCAUUAUCUUCUUCUGAUAUGUUUUUUCAAAUGGCUAUGGAUGCCCAGUUCGAGUUGCACAAACAGGAGCUUGACUUCUUUCUUCAAUCGCAAAAUGAAAAGUUAAGGAUGUUCUUGCAUGAGCAAAGAAAGCAACAAUUCUCAGUUCUGAUGAGUAGUUUCGAGUCCAAGAUGAUGAGCUUGAUUAGGCAAAAGGAAGAAGACAUGGUUCGAGCUAAAAUUAAAUCAGUGGAGCUUCAAGAUCAGUUGAAGAGUGCAGAGAUUGAAAACCAAACAUGGCAAAGAGUGGCAAGAGGAACUGAGGCUACUGUCAUAGACCUCAGAAACGCACUAGCUUAUUUCAAAGGGAGAAAUAGAGCUCUGACUAGUAAAAACAGCAACAACAACAACAACCUGGUCGAAGAUGUUGAGUCAUGUUGCGAGAGUAGAGUGGAAAAAAUACACCCGAAGAUGGUUUGUCAAAGCUGCAAAACUCAGAGCUCAUGUGUUCUUUUCUUCCCUUGCAGACACCUUUGUUCUUGCAAGUAUUGUGAAGCUAUUCUUGAAGCUUGUCCGGUCUGUGAAUCCGCCAAGGAGGCAGCCAUGGAGGUCUUUUUCGGAUAAGACAAGAACAACCCCCAUUCCGUUUUCUUGUUUUGAAAAAACGGAUUCGUUUCCUGUUUGUUGGUGUGUUAAGAAAAAAACAAA